CAACUUUAGAUUCACUGCAGAAUUAUUUCAUCUGUUCAAAAUGGCUGUGCAGUCGCUUGUCAGUAAAAAGAAGAAAAGUUUUAUUGGUUUACCAGCUCCGCUCGGAUAUGUUCCAGGCUUAGGACGUGGUGCGACUGGAUUUACUACUCGUUCUGAUAUCGGUCCAGCUCGAGAUGCAGAUGACAUUUCCGAUGAUCGACAUGCACCACCCAAUAAAAAGAAGAAAGAUGAUAAAGAUGAUGAUGAUGAUGAAGAUUUGAAUGAUGCAAAUUAUGAUGAGUUUGCUGGUUAUGGCGGCAGUUUAUGCAGCAAAGAUCCAUACGAUAAAGAUGAUGAAGAAGCAGAUGCAAUAUACGAUGCGAUCGAUAAAAGGAUGGAUGAGAAACGGAAAGAGCGGCGUGAGCAAAAACUGCGUGCUGAAUUGGAGCGGUACCGUCAGGAGCGACCCAAGAUCCAACAGCAGUUCUCUGAUCUCAAGAGGGAAUUGGCCAGUGUUAGCUACGAUGACUGGAUGAAUCUACCUGAAGUUGGUGAUGCUAGAAACAAACGACAGCGAAACCCAAGAGCAGACAAGUUUACACCAUUACCGGACAGUUUAUUAGCAGAUGCUGCAUCCUCUACGACAUCAAACACAUCAGUUGAUGCUAUGCAACAGCAAUAUGCCGGCCUUGACACACCAUUUAGUGAUGCCAUGUCACCAGGCUUUUCAACUCCUAGCGGUGACAUUGAUAUGAAGAAAAUCGGUCAAGCCCGUAACACCCUGAUGGACAUUAAACUAACCCAGGUAUCAGAUUCAGUGAGUGGUCAGACUGUCGUUGACCCCAAAGGUUACUUAACCGACCUCCAGUCUAUGCUACCCUCUCAUGGUGGAGAUAUCAAUGAUGUUAAGAAAGCUCGGCUGCUGCUAAAAUCUGUCAGAGAGACAAACCCCAAGCAUCCACCAGCAUGGAUUGCCUCAGCACGUUUGGAAGAAGUUACUGGAAAAGUGCAGGCAGCCAGGAAUCUUAUCAUGAAAGGAUGUGAAGAAUGUCCCAAGAGUGAAGAUGUAUGGUUAGAAGCUGCCAGACUAAUGCCUGGUGACCAAGCGAAGGCCGUAGUGGCUCAAGCAGUUCGUCAGUUGCCCCUGUCUGUCAGACUUUUCAUUAAGGCUUCAGAUCUGGAAACUGAAUUAAAAGCUAAGAAGAGAGUUUUUAGGAAAGCUUUGGAACAAAUUCCAAAUUCUGUCCGUCUUUGGAAGGCUGCAGUGGAGCUUGAAGAUGUUGAUGAUGCACGUAUUAUGUUGAGUCGAGCUGUUGAAUGUUGCCCCACCAGCGUUGAACUGUGGUUGGCUCUCGCUCGGCUGGAAACUUAUGAGAAUGCCCGUAAAGUGUUGAAUAAAGCACGUGAAAAUAUCCCAACGGACAGACAAAUCUGGAUUACUGCAGCAAAACUAGAAGAAGCCCAGGGGAAUGAACACAUGGUGGAGAAAAUUGUUGACAGAGCACUUCACUCCCUGAAAGCCAACAUGGUGGAGAUCAACAGAGAACAGUGGAUCAAAGAUGCUGAGGACUGUGAGAAGGCCAACAGCAUCCACACAUGUCAGGCAAUUGUCCGUGCUGUGAUUGGAGUCAAUGUUGAGGAAGAGGACAGAAAACACACAUGGAUGGAAGAUGCUGAGUCAUGUGCAUUACAUAACGCAUAUGAGUGUGCCAGAGCUAUCUAUUCCCAUGCUUUGGCUGUGUUCCCCAGUAAGAAAAGUAUCUGGCUAAGAGCAGCGUAUUUUGAGAAGAACCAUGGAUCAAGAGAGUCGUUAGAGGUCCUGUUGCAAAGGGCAGUUGCUCAUUGUCCCAAAGCAGAAGUACUCUGGCUCAUGGGAGCCAAAUCAAAGUGGCUUGCAGGUGAUGUGCCAGCUGCACGAAGUAUCUUGGCUCUGGCAUUUCAGGCCAACCCAAACAGUGAAGAAAUCUGGUUGGCUGCCGUCAAACUGGAGAGUGAAAACAAUGAAUAUGAACGUGCUCGGCGUUUGCUACAGAAGGCUCGUGCCAGUGCACCAACACCUCGGGUGAUGAUGAAGUCAGUGAAGCUGGAAUGGUGUCUUGGAGAGAUUGACAAUGCCAAGCUAUUGCUGGAAGAAGCUGUCAAACACUACCCUGACUUUGCUAAGUUGUGGAUGAUGAAAGGUCAAAUUGAGGAACAGCGGGGUAACAUAAAUAUUGCCAGAGAGGCUUACAACCAAGGGUUAAAGAAAUGCCCAAAUGCCAUACCGCUUUGGUUGUUACUGUCUCGACUGGAGGAAAAAGCCGGUCAGCUGAUUAAAGCCCGUUCCAUCCUGGAGAAGGCCAGAUUAAAGAAUUCUCAUUCACCAGAUUUAUGGUUGGAAGCAAUCCGUGUUGAGAACCGUGCCUCCCUAAAGAACAUAGCGCAGACUCUUAUGGCUAAAGCCAAACAAGACUGUACAAGUGCAGGAAUCCUGUGGGCAGAGUCCAUCUUCAUGGAACCUCGUCCCCAGCGGAAAACCAAUUCUGUCGACGCCCUCAAAAGAUGUGAACAUGACCCUCAUGUCUUGCUUGCUGUCUCCAAGUUGUUUUGGACAGAACGAAGAAUCACAAAAGCUAGAGAAUGGUUCAACAGAACAGUAAAGAUCGACCCUGAUCUAGGCGAUGCCUGGGCUUAUUUCUAUAAAUUUGAAUCCAUCCAUGGCACUGAGGAUCAGAAAGAAGAUGUCAAGAAACGGUGUAUCAAUGCUGAGCCUCGUCAUGGUGAACAAUGGUGUAAGGUAUCGAAAGACAUUGCUAAUUGGCGCCUGAAAACCUCAGAGGUGUUAUUGCUGACCAGUGGUGCAAUUCCUAUCCCCAACUGAUACUUACAGACAUCAUACAAGCAGAUUUUAUUUUUUCUGCUAAAUGGAUAGAAUCUAUCAAUACAUUCACUUUCUCUCAACAACUAGAAAUAUUAAAUCCAUUAUUCCAACAUAUUGAUAUGUUACUUCAUCUGCCCCCGUUCCUUUUCACCCGGCCACUACUCUCUCAUAGGGAUCACAUGGAUGGGAGUCAGCUGUGGCUUUCAUGUAUACUUCUGGUGUUCCAGAAAUUCCAUUCAAUGGUUGAAAGUUCAUUCUGUAAAUAAAUUUUAUCAUACUUCAGGAAAGAUUAAAGUCAAUGUAUUUAAGAUGGA